AUGGAGAAUCCCAACAACAUGAUGGAAUUCAUUCUCUUGGGCAUUACAAAGAAUCCAGAGCUGCAGAAAAUACUCUCUGCUGUGUUUCUAAUCAUGUAUGCAUCCACUGUUUUGGGAAACCUCCUCAUUGUGGUAACUGUGGUCACAAGUCAGCGUCUGAGAUCACCUAUGUAUUUUUUCCUUUCUUCCUUCUCCCUCAUGGAUGCCACCUACUCUUCUGUCAUUGCCCCCAAGAUGAUUGUGGACUCCCUCUCUGAGAGCACUACCAUCUCCCUCAAAGGCUGCAUGGCCCAGCUAUUUGCUGAGCACUUCUUUGGUGGUGUGGGCAUCAUCCUUCUCACUGUGAUGGCCUAUGACCAUUACAUGGCCAUCUGUAAGCCCCUGCACCAUCUGACCAUCAUGAGACCUCAGGUGUGCUACCUGUUGCUGGGAGGAGCUUGGCUGGGGGGGUCCAUGCAUGCAACAAUACAACUUGUCUUCAUAUACCAAAUAUGCUUCUGUGGCCCUAAUGUCAUUGAUCACUUUAUGUGUGAUUUGUUUCCAUUGUUGAAACUGGCCUGCAUGGACACCUGCAUGCUGGGCCUCUUAGUCAUCCUCAACAGUGUGAUGUGUGUGGCCAUCUUCCUUACCCUCAUCGCCUCCUAUGUGGCCAUCCUCUGCUCCCUGAAGUCCGGCAGCUCUGAAGGGUGGCGUAAAGUUCUCUCCACCUGUGGCUCCCACCUCACUGUGGUUGUCAUGUUCUUUGUGCCUUGUAUUUUCUUGUAUGUGAGGCCUGUGGCCACCUACCCCAUAGACAAGGCAAUGGCUGUGUCCUUUACCAUUGUUGCACCCAUGUUAAAUCCCUUGAUUUACACCUUCAGGAAUACAGAGGUGAAAAAGGCUAUGAGGAAACUGUGGAUGAAACAAAGGACCUUGUGUGGUCCUUAA